UGUCCAUCUCAUCCCCUCCUUGUAUUGACAGCUCUCUGGUCAAUCGAUCGGACAAAUCUCGCCUGUGGUCAAGCGAUAGUUCCACACGCUGUUUUAUUGACCAUAUGAGAGCGUAAGGAAUCGGCGGAAACGCGGGAGAAACGUGUAACUGGUUUCUAACAGGACACUGACCGCUGCAAUGAAAACUCUUUGAUACUGAGAACGUUUUAUGAGGAUGUUUAAAGGUGCAGUAUGACGGUCCAGUGAUCUCCUGCUUGAUGGCAGCACCUGAGAAUGCCAAUGACGUUACCAUUGGACCUCCAGACGCAGAUCGAUCCCGAUUGUCAGAGGAUCCUGCAGCAUUUACCUCAGAUACAGUCGGAAUUGUGUGACAACGAAAACGACGCCUCACUACUCAGGAAAUUCCUCCGCAGUAAAGACCUUCAACUCACUAUGAAGAUGUAUAAACGACUCUGCAUUAUGAGUCAUCGGCGCAUGCGCCCUGUGACUCGCUCAUCGGUGGCAUUAGCAGCAAACACCUUCUGCGAUGUGAGGCGAGGCUCGGAGAAGGAAGCGCGAGCAACCAGAGAGCUCCUACAGAUCUUGUCAAUGCCGCACGUCCAGGCACUACUUUACACUCACGACCGCGUGGCUGCGGGAGAGUUUGACCCAGUCGUUGACCAGGAGACAUAUGACGCAGCUACGGAUGAAAAAACACUCAAGAUCGUCCAUCUGGUCAAGAGUGACGAACCGCUGGGCGUGACCAUUCAGAUGAAGGAGGAGACAGGAGCUAUAGAAAUAGCCAGGAUAAUGCAUGGAGGAGCGGCACACAGAAGUGGUCUUAUUCAUGUUGGGGACGAAAUCUUCGAAAUCAACGGUGUUCAUUUCCGAGGGAGACAUCCUGAUGAAAUGGCUCAAACCCUGUCGAAGAUUUCGGGUCCUGUCACAAUGAAGCUGGGACCAGCUGACAAUAACGCGUCAAAGUUCAGGGCUAGCAAAACCCGCGUAAAAACUCUUUUCUCGUACAACGCCGAGGAAGAUACAGUAAAUCCGUGUGCAGAAGCUGGUUUGUCGUUCGAGAGAGGAGACAUUCUCCACAUCAUAUCUCAAAGUGACGCCCUCUGGUGGCAGGCGCAAAAAGAGGGGGAGAAAAAUCAGAGAACCGGUCUUAUCCCGUCAUCAAUACUACAAGAAAGGAGAGAAAUGUUACGGAAGGCUAAUGAAGAGGAUGAACAGAACUCCAGAGGAUCACGUGCUAUCAGUCCCUGUAGAAUCAGCCCUAAAAUACCUCGUUCUAAACGGGUUCGUAAAAUGAUGUACCAAGCAAUACUAAAUGGAGGUCUUAUUCAUGUUGGGGACGAAAUCUUCGAAAUCAACGGUGUUCAUUUCCGAGGGAGACAUCCUGAUGAAAUGGCUCAAACCCUGUCGAAGAUUUCGGGUCCUGUCACAAUGAAGCUGGGACCAGCUGACAAUAACGCGUCAAAGUUCAGGGCUAGCAAAACCCGCGUAAAAACUCUUUUCUCGUACAACGCCGAGGAAGAUACAGUAAAUCCGUGUGCAGAAGCUGGUUUGUCGUUCGAGAGAGGAGACAUUCUCCACAUCAUAUCUCAAAGUGACGCCCUCUGGUGGCAGGCGCAAAAAGAGGGAGAGAAAAAUCAGAGAACCGGUCUUAUCCCGUCAUCAAUACUACAAGAAAGGAGAGAAAUGUUACGGAAGGCUAAUGAAGAGGAUGAACAGAACUCCAGAGGAUCACGUGCUAUCAGUCCCUGUAGAAUCAGCCCUAAAAUACCUCGUUCUAAACGGGUUCGUAAAAUGAUGUACCAAGCAAUACUAAAUGGAGAAUUUGACCAUGGAGAAGUACCGACCUACGAAGAGGUUGAAAUGUAUACCCCUGAUCCAAACAGGCCACGCCCACUCGUCCUCGUCGGUGCAACCCAUGUCGGCAGAAAUGAGUUAAAAAGACGGCUGAUAGCAUCCAACCCAUCCCACUUUACCGACAUAGUCCCCUACACGAGCAGAACGCGGAAGCCAUUUGAGGAGGAGGGGAAGGAAUAUCACUUUAUAUCUCGGCAGGAAAUGGAGAGCGGCAUUAUUGCACAAAGGUAUGUGGAACACGGCGAGUAUAAGGGAAAUCUAUAUGGAACUCGGACAGAAACUGUCAUAUCAGCAAUACAGGGAGGCAAGAUGUGCAUCCUCUGUCCAAGUGUACAGUGUACAGUAAAUGGACAUUUCCCUUCCUCAAUAGGUGCAACCCAUGUCGGCAGAAAUGAGUUAAAAAGACGGCUGAUAGCAUCCAACCCAUCCCACUUUACCGACAUAGUCCCCUACACGAGCAGAACGCGGAAGCCAUUUGAGGAGGAGGGGAAGGAAUAUCACUUUAUAUCUCGGCAGGAAAUGGAGAGCGGCAUUAUUGCACAAAGUAGGUAUGUGGAACACGGCGAGUAUAAGGGAAAUCUAUACGGAACUCGGACAGAAACUGUCAUAUCAGCAAUACAGGGAGGCAAGAUGUGCAUCCUCUGUCCAAGUGUACAGGCAAUCAAAUCACUGCGAUCUGCCGAAAUCAAGCCUUAUAUAAUAUUUAUCAAACCACCCGUCCUUGAGAAGUUAAAAGAGACUCGACAAAAGCAAGCUGCUAGCAUUACACUGGAGGACGGAGAUACCCGUUUGUGUAGUAAUGAAGACUUUGAAAACCUUAUCGAGGCCAGUGAAAAAAUGGAGGACCGCUACGGCUACUUGUUUGAUUGUUCAAUUGUUAAUCAAAAUCUUCACCUAGCGACGAAUGAGCUGUUGAAAGUCGCUCACUGUGUUGAGACGGAAGAGACUUGGGUACCUGCAUCGUGGAUUCAAUGAUAAAUAAAUAUUUUGUGAUUUU